GCAAAAGCAGAAGAAAAGAGAACGUGGGGUUUCCAAAACUUGAAACAAAGAAAAGCUUCCUCUGUCUCUCAUGGCAUUGGUCUUCUCUUCCUGUAGGUUUGUGAAAGCCAACCAAUGGGGGAGAAAAGAUCUUCAGCAGCAGAACCAGCAAAACCACCUCCGCCGCCACCACCACCAAUGUCCCUCUCCCUCGUCCGACCCUCCCAGAAAAAGCGCCUCAAACCCAAAGUCAUCCGCGUCUUCCGCUCCGUCUUCCGCUCCCUACCAAUCAUAACUCCCUCCUGCAAGUUCCCCUCCCUCCCCCCCGACAACAACAACUACCUCCACAAAACCAUCAACAAUGGCGUCAAAGUCACCGGCACCCUCUUCGGCCGCCGCAAGGGCCGCGUCAGCCUCGCCGUCCAAGAAAACCCCCGCUGCCUCCCGUCCCUCGUCGUCGAGCUCUCCAUACACACCAACACCUUGCAGAAGGACUUGGCCAACGGCAUGGUGAGGGUGGCGCUGGAGUGCGAGAAGCGUUCGGAGAAGGACAAGACAAGGAUCUCGGAGGAACCCUUGUGGACAAUGUACUGCAACGGGAAGAAGCAUGGGUACGGCGUGCGGAGGGAGGCCACGGAGGAGGACCUGUACGUGAUGGAGCUUCUGAAGGCCGUGUCGAUGGGCGCCGGCGUUCUUCCGUUGAGAUCGGAGGUUGAGGAGGGCGGCGACGGAGGAGACUUGGCGUACAUGCGAGCACCCUUCGAGCACGUAGUGGGAUCCAAAGAUUCCGAGACUCUCUAUAUGAUGAGCCCGGACUUGCAGGGGAAUAGUGGACCCGAUCUUACUAUAUUUUUUGUCAGGGUUUAAUUCACAAUGAGAUUAAUGAUGUACAGUAAGUGUUCUUGUUUGUGAGUUUGAUCAGAGGGUUCAUUUGUAUUUCUGGAUGAAUUAGGAUUCAUCCCAUCCAGGAUUAGUCUACGUAGUAAUUGAGGUUCUUCUGUCUACGAUCAUGCCUUCUCUCUUGUUAUAUCU